UUAAUGCGCUGUGAGGUUGUCUCCCUUUGUAUAAAUAGACCAGUCUAAGGGCGCCAUCUUUCGGCCGGAAGCUGUGUAUCGUAUGGUUCUUGGAGAGUGACCGGCUAUGAGUGAGGCGUGAUUGUACGAGUGAACGCAAUGGAGUUGGUAAAGGGGGUACAUUCUUCUGUUCCUGUGCUGUGGCCUUCUGUCCUUCAUAGAAGCAAGGCCAAGGAAAACACUGGAAAAAAAAAAGGCUGUGAAGAAUUGGUGGGACGAGGACUGGAGUCAGUGGUUCGGGAGAAGACAACCAGGAUUCCAAACAGUCAGAAAACCAUGUGGCAGAUAGCCAGCACAGCAAGAACCCUGACGCUGCAGGAAAGGCUGUGAAGCCUAAAGACUCUGUAGCACCACCCACCCCUUUCAAGGCAAAGGGUGACAGUGUUAAACCACUACCUAAACACCAGCAGCCACAUCUGUACAAUCCCUCAGAGGAGAAAGGAUGGGAUUCCAAGUAUGAUGCUGACUACAACAAAUUUGUGGAUGAUGAUGAGGAUGUGAAGGAUUACAGUAAGGACUAUGAUGAUAUUGAAGAUGAGGAGGAAGAAGAGGAGGAGGAGGAUCUGGACUCCAGCGAGGAGGACUACGCAGACUCUGAAGAAGACAGUGAAGAAGAUGUGGAGGAAAAGGAUUACAAGGAAAUAGACGAGAUGAACGCCAGAACUGAAGCUCCCAAAGCUGAGGUCAACACUGUGAAGGAUGAAGCUGCUCCUGUUCAGAAGGGGACGACUUUCCGCAGCUACGGCAACGACAUGGCAAUAGCACCCAUCGAGAAGCAUGCUGAUGAGAAGCAACUGGCUGAGCAGAAGGAAGUCUCCAAGGAGAAGAUAGUGAACACAUUCCCGGAUGUCAAUGCACAUUCUGUAAAGAAGGACCUGAUGAAUCCUGCUUAUCUGAAGGAGUAUGCUAAGACCAAGCCAGACCUCAAAACCAGUCCCAACCCACCUCCCCCAGAUCUGGUUGAUGGCAAGAUGACUAUGGUGACACCCUCUGGGAAGAAACCAGUCAAGGAAGAGAAGACAUACAUCCAGUCCAAGCCUCUAGCUCUCUGUCAGUCAAAUUCCGAUUGCCGAGUCGGUCGCAUGUGUCAUGACAAAGUCUGUGUCUGUCUCGGCAUAGAAGGCUGUCAGGGUCAUUACAAGCCUGUUUGUGGGUCCGACAACAACUGGUACCCAAGCCACUGUGAGCUCCACCGCAGUGCAUGUGUGAGUGGCGAACACAUCAAGAUCGACCACACUGGAUUCUGCUUCAAGAUCAAGGAAAAGCUGGACAGGGAGCAGGCUCUUGCCCAGGUCAAGGUCAAAGAGAACACGGAAGCACCUGCCAUUGACAGAUCUGAAAUUGACAUCGACAAUGACAUACCACAAGAUGCCAUCAAAUCUCCCAUCAUCAACUCUGCAGAAAUAUACGACUACCCAAAAUCUUCUGCUAAAGGAGAGCCAAUCAGACAGACUGAAAAACCAGUCUACAAGGAAGAUGUACAGGUCAAGGCCAACAUGAUGUUAAAUGAUGGAGAGAAGAAUGUAGAAGGAAAGGGCAUCGAGAAGAAGAAAGAAUGCACAAGGGAGGAAUAUGAGAAGUUGAAACAGAGCCUGCUCCAGUAUCACUGUGAGAAGUUCACUGAGCCCAACUGCCAAACAGAAGUCCAGGAAGAGCGCGAAUACCUGGCAACUCUGAUGUUCAGCUUCUAUGACCGUGACCUUGACUUCUACUUGGAGGAUAUUGAGGCCAGAGAGGUGGAGAAGAAGGAACAUUAUGAGCGUCUCUCCGAUGCCUGUAUCCUCGCUGACAUGAUCCGUUACGCUGACCGCAAUCCUGUUGAUGGGAAACUGUCUGUUAGCGAAUUCAUUGCUGCCUUCAAUGGUUCGAUGAAGGUGAAAAAAUUGCACCAGGACAUGAAGGUCAUCCCGACCUUGGCUACCGUUGGGAAUGGGCUUGAACUGAAGUGUGGUGUGUCAGGUGCAGAGGAGAUCGUCUGGAAGAGAUUUAAUAGAGACAUCCGUGAACUGAACAAUGAUGAACUCACGGUUUUCGAGGAUGGGUCUCUGUUUUUCUCCAAGGUCGGUGUACACCACAUGGGCAACUACACCUGCGAGGAUGUCAACAACCCAUUGAUUCAGCAGAUACAUAAUCUCAAAGUGCAGAACUUUUUGAUGAUGAUGAUGUGGUUGAUGUGUGAUCUGUCAUUCAUCUCUCAUUCAUCUCAGAUGAUGCAGUCCAGCUCGGAUGUGGUCAUCAAGUGUCACGCAGAGGGUGUCCCCAAACCUAAGAUCAGCUGGGAAGUCAAUGAGAUGGCCAUUCCAGAAACACCUAACCAUUUCAUCAGAACCCAUGAGAAUGGCACCCUAACGGUGCACAAGGCCGACUACCUGAGGGACACUGGUGCCUACAAGUGUAUUGCCAAGAACCAGGGAGGGCAGUCGGAAGACGUGGCCUCCAUCUUCAUACAGAACCCGAACAAGACCAACUCUUAUACCUAUUCCCCCAAAUCAUACGGCUCCUUCAUCGUUUUCCACCACAAGGGUUACACUGUGUACGAGCCUGAGACUUGUCUCCUCGAGCGAGACGUCAAGCCAGAGUUCGGCAACUUCAAGUUCAUCCCCGACAACAUCGAUGCACCCCUGAAGAUGUGCGACUCUGCCGCAGGCUGUGAGUGGGGUGCCGUCACCAACGUCAAGGACUUUGUGUAUGUGAGUCAGCCGAGACUCAACAGAGUCAUCGUGGUAGACACAGCCAGGAAGUGGAAUCCAAUUCAGGUGAUUGACACAGACAAGGCCCCAAUGGCUCUGCACUAUGUGGAGCAUCUGGAUCAGGUCUGGGUUCUGUGCUGGAACAGCGACACCGACAGCAGCCUAAAAACCAUCAUCGUAAUCCGUGACGCCAGCAAGUACAUCCAGCACCAUGCUGUCCACACACAGCCUGUAGGCAACAGGUUUGAUAUGGUACAGGAUCUGUUCCUGCCACCCGCCAAUGACCUGCACCAUGCCUUCAACUAUGGCUACAUCACCCACAACGGCCAGCAGGGUCUGUUCAAACUUGACCUGAAGACCAUGAAGUAUGUCAAGGCUAUCGACUUCUCAUCCUACAACUGUGUACCCAAGAGUGUCUCCUUUGUACCUAUUGGUGGACAUGUAAUCGUCCAGUGUGUGUCCAAGUCGACCCACGAGACCACACAGCUACUGAUGGACUACCUCACAGACAACAUCAUCUCCAAGACAGCCAUCCCAGGCAAACCCUUCGUGGCACCGGACUCCAAGCACAUAGUCACCAUUGACGACUUCUAUGGCAAAGUCUCAGUCUUGACAGUGUCAGAUGAUGGAAACCUGGAGUCGGAGUUUGAGGUCACGCUGAGCUGCAGCAUCAGCGAUGUAGCCUUCUUCUCCUCCGCCGUACAUCCCGGAUACGAUGUUGUCAUGACGUCAGCUGAUGAUGAUGACAUUUUCUUCCUCAGUCUUACUAAUGGAAAACUGGACAAGGUCAAAGGAUCCUCCCUGACAGACCGGGACUGGAAGCCACAGCCGCUGAAGAAGACACUUGUAGCUGGAGGCGUCUUCAGUAACUUCCUAGUCAGCUCCCUGCCAACAUCUAUCCGCAUCAUCGACGGCAAAGUGCAUCGAGUACAGUGUACAUUUAAAGGCCCAGUCAACAGCCACGUUAUUGCCUUUGUAGAAAACUGAAUCCCACAACAUGCAAUGUUAAUUCUCCACAUAUCUAUUUUAAGAACAAGUUUUAACUUUAUGAACAAGCAUGAGCUCUAAAGGAGUUUGAGAAUCAAAUUAUAUGAAAUGCCAUUUACAGCUCAACCAAGAUCUUGAGAUUUGUAUUUGAAGUUACAGUUUAAACCUUCCAGUCUGAAUAUUUGAAGGAAUACCCCAUGAUGUGUGAAGUAUUUUGAAAAAAUAGGUAAGGAAGGGAAAUACAGAUGAUGAGUAUAGAAAAUCACCCAUUUAUCAUCAGCUGUUUGCGCUCUACAAAGGGAGACAACUCAUUCUGUGGCAAGAAGGGGAGAUAAUUACGAGCGUUAAGUCCCCAUCAUAAUUUGCACUAGUGAUACAGUGAGCAUAUCUCAUCGUUUGCUUCUAGUAUAUUGGACCAGAACACAGUAACAUAUUCACAUCAUCAUCCUGUCAUCUUGAUGUUUCCAUUUUGUUGUGUAGAUGUUAUUUAUCAAUGCUGUACUCUAUUGUCAAAGGCAAACAUGUCAGAAGUAGGUUGUGACCAAUCACCAGUGUUUGUCAUGUGUGUGCAUAUAUCUUACCUAAAAAUACUGCAAAUUAAUGUCUAUUUGAUAGAUGUGAAAAUGCUUUGAGACAUUGUGCUGAAGUUGCAAAUAUUUUUAUCAUUUUAUGAUACCAGUCUUUGAAUUUUUUGGGCACUGCUGUCCAAGAAGUUGUUUUUUUUCACCUUGACUUGAUUUUAUAGUCAUAUUGUUUCACGGAAAUUUAUAUUGUAUAUUGAUGGUAUACAUUGCAAAUGCAAUUUUCAUGGGCACUUUUUUCACUUAGUGUUACUCGAGUGCAGUCAAGCGGGUACAUGUCCUCAGCCAUUACUAUGUUGUUUGUAUACAGACCUGUUUGCAUUUAGCUGGCAGUGUAGGUAUAGCGAAGGGAGAGCUUUACAUAUGUAGAUCUAGAUCUAGGGCAAUAUAGACCUUCAAUAUCGGAGUAGAGAUAGCUAGUGUAAAAAACAUUUUCACCAUGGAGAGAUAAUCCCACCUCGGAUAAUUUCUUUAGCAUCAAUUCAAUAUCAAUUUACAUUAUUCCAAUUUGUUCAGCAUGAGUCCGAUAUCUAGAUUUUUACUUUAAUUUAUGAAGUAUUUUAAGAAACAUACAUUUAACGUAUGACUUGUCUUACUUUUGUUUGUUAGAUUGAUGUUGAAAGUUAGAGAUUAAUAUUGUAUUUGGUUGUGUCUUUCUACGUGUUGUGUGUUUACCCUGUUAUUGAGAAGUUGCUAUUUCAGGUAAACCAUCGAAAUUUGGUCUUUGUUUUUUUUCUUUAUAUUUUGUUAUUUCAGUUCACGCUGAGCUUUUCCAUUGCAUGACUUUCUGACACCGCUUGCUUGUAGGCGUGAGUGGUUUACACUCGUUUCAGUGAUAUCCUGAGGAAGUCCACUUCAAGGUACAACUAGCCACGUUCAUACAAGAUAUGUAUUUUUAUGACAUCCUAGUUGAACUAAAUGUAUGCAGUCCUGUUCACGCUUCUGUGAUUUUGAAGUAAAUUCAGCCCUAUUGAAAAAUAUUUUUGUUCACGUAGGUCAGUUUGAUGGCUUUUGUCUGUGAUUCUUCUAAGAAUGGUGGUUGAACAAAAUGGAAUUUGUACAUUCGUUUUGGGUGUUGCAAGUUUAUUUGAUAUGAAGAUCAGAGUGGCAUGACAAUGCAUAAACGUCUAAAUUUAAUUUCUGUAUUCAAAUAUCUGUACGACUAUUUAAAUCAGUUAACCUGAUAGUUGAAGGAGAUAAGAUGGGUUGUCGGGUUUUAAUGGCUCCAUUAUAUGAAAUUUUGAAUAGUUUUAUUACCAGCUGAUAAUCAUAAGUUAUUAACCAAUUUCUUUCACCAUUUGGACCAAAGUUCUAAUCGGAAGAGCCAUUGCUUUGUAAAGACCACUUGUGAUUGGCUGCCAGACUGUGGCAGGUUGGGAUCCCGAUGCUUCUCGCUGUGAUUGCUAGCAACUGAUUGUAUAUAUACCCUAGUUAUGUGUCCUACAAUUGAACAUUAUGUGCCUUUUUUAAUGCUUUUUGUUCACUGCAUUUCUGUGGCACAUAAUCUGUGUACUGUUAAAGGUUUGUCCAUAAGCGGCGGCAUCAAGGGGAGACAACCGCUGUGUAUCAUAAUGAUUAGCGCACUGAUCAAAGUGCACAGUUAAGGUAUAUAAGGUUGGCAUAUUAAUGUCAUGUUUUUAUAGUUAUGUAUUUUUACUUUUAUCCAUUUUUUCAUGAUCACUUGAACAUUCCCUUUUCUGUUGACAUAUUCAUGUCUUGUUUCUGUUAUCGUUUUCCGUCAUAAUAAGCCAUUUUUAACGCAUACCAGUUUUAUCAGGAAUGUAAAAUUAAUAGAUCUGUUAAUAUUUUGUUAGUGUGUACCAUUCCAGAUAGCCUAAACUGGAAGUUACAAAUAUGGAAGUGAUCAUAGUUCUAAAGAAUAUUUAUGCUCAAACAGUGUAUUCACUGUCAAAAGGGUAGUUUAUGAACAGUUGUAUACAUAAUAUCUUGAACUUUAACAGAUAGCAUUGACUUGAAAUCUACAACCAUGUGUGUUUCAGACUUUUAAAUGUGGUAUAUUCAGGGUUUUAAUAUUAAUACAACACACAAAUUGAUUUAUAUUCAGGAACUGGGUGUAAUUUGCUUUCCUUGUUAUGGGAAGUGAGUUAUAAACUGAUUUAAAUAAACAGAUUUGAAACUGACAGGCAGACACUUAGUCAGUGUUUUGGACACACCCACAUCAUGGUUCUAAACACUAGUCAUGUUUACAACUUUAUAUGUUUACAAUACCAGCACUUAUUGCAUGCAUGGUUUAUUCACAGUUUUACCUUCUCUGUUUUACGUGUCAUACAUUGGAUAAGUGCUAUGUACUGAAGUCAUGCCUCAUUCACCUUAGAAAAUAUUUAACAGUACAUCAAAAGUGAAUAUUAUCAAAUCUGGUAAGAAACUAGGUUUUAGAUGGUAUUUAAGGAAACAUUUUGUAUUAUUUUAUCAUGAAGGGACAUUUUAGGAAAGUUUAAUUGUAAUGUGGAAAAAAAUGACUUAAAGUAUUUUGAUAAUAUUGCUUUCACAAAUUUGUUUCAUAGAUGUCAUGUUAUUCUACAAAGACCGAUCUUGCUGACUAACCUAUGUAUAUGCAAUGUGAUUGAAUGUGAAAUCUGGCUUAAAGUGCACAAUUUUACCCUUUUUUGUGAAAUCGGUGAAAAUAUGUGUGAAAUAAAAACCUUUUGUUUAA